CUCACAAUAACAUCAAUUAUCAGAAUAUUUGUAAAUUAAGGAAUUAUAUCCAGUUAAUCAAUAAUAAUCGAUAGAAAUGGAAGGGAGUGCUCUUCAACUAUUAGCCUACUAUGGAAAUGAUGGGGAAAGUUCGGAUGAAGAUGUUCCUGGACCUAACGUUUCAACAAAAAGGAGGUUCAAAGAAGAAGUCAGGCAAAGACUCCCCGUUCCAGAGUGUAUGAAAAAAAUUGAUAGUCCCACAUGGAUAGACGACCCAUCAGAACACCAAGGACGAAUUCGAUCAUUCAAGCAUGAGAGAGGCAAUUGGGCCACUUUUGUUUAUGUGCCUUGUGAAUCUCAUAAUGGUAUUACAUCUCUACAGGAAUCUAUAAUUAAAUGCAUACCUGAAGUGCCUAUUCAAAAAGUUGAAGAUUUACAUUUGAGCUUAUCGAAAACUGUUAUUUUGAAAUACCACUGGAUUCAUCCUUUUAUGAAUUCGAUAAAAGAGAGAAUAUCACACUAUAGAAGGUUUGUUCUUACAAUUGGAAAUUUAAAAGUAUAUUGCAAUGAAGAGAAAACAAGAACUUUCAUUGGUUUAGAAGUCACUAGUGCUCAUGAUACCUUACAUGCUCUGAUAAAAGAAUUGGAUAUUUGCCUAUCAGAAUUCAAGCUUCCACCUUUCUAUCAAGAUCCAUCAUUUCAUAUAAGCAUAUUAUGGUGUGUGGGAGAUCUACAGAGUAAAUUGGACUCCUAUUUACCACAUUUCAACUUAAUGUUGAACAAAGUGAUGACUGAAUAUUCAGAACAAAUAUGGUAUAUCCCAGUGAAUUAUUUAUUUUGUAAAACAGGAAAUAAGAAGUUUCAGUUUCCCUUAGAUUGACGAACUUUUUGAAUUGAAAAACCUAUGUGAUUUAUCCCUGGUGAUAUAAAUAAUAAUGUGUAAAUGAUACAUUGUUUGAAAUUCCUCACUCAAAUGCAAGUGUAAUUAUUGUAUUAUUAAUAAAAGUUUUUCUUUUCAUAUCAA